AUGUCCCCCAAACACGACCAGCCCAUCGCCGCCGAGGAGAAGGGUGACCUCGCCAAUCCAGCGACCUCAACGGUCAAGAAGGUGACUUUCUCAACCGCCACCAAGACUAUUAUGGAGGCCUUGGGCAUACAAAGCAUUUCUGCCGGGCCUUUGACGGGAGAGCUAAUCGAGGAGUAUAUCCAACUUGUGGACAAGGUCGGAAGCUUAAGGACAGGUUUGAGCGAUUGCCUUGAUGAGGCUUUGGAUAAGGGCGGUGGAAACGGACCUGAGCAACUCGUUUUGCAGGUCUUGAAGACUGUGGACAUGAGCAAUGAGGCAGGAUCUCGUAUGCUCAUCGAUCCUAUUCUGCUCUUCGGGACGAUGUUAUAUCACAAUCUGACUGGUAAACGGAUGAAACUCAAGCCAGAACUCAUCUUGGCUGACUCGGAGGAGAAGGGGGAGCGGGGUGGACCUGUUGAAAUUACCGCACGUAACGGGGAAGUUUAUUCCUUCACCGGGAAAGUUGACUAUGCCAUCUGGCGGCUGGAAGGCAUAGGCGACGGCACCGCUGUGAAGAAGUUGGCUGAUAUCGUCUGCGAGGAUCCCGGGGACCUUCAUAUGUUCAUUGUCGAAGCGAAGCACAGCAUGACGGAGACUGAGCUAAAGAGCCACUUUCCUCAAUUGACAACACAAGCAAUGGCCACGAUGAAGAUUACCGGAUCAAAGGCGCUGGCAUGCAUCCUCACAGACGGGUUUCAAUAUAUCUUCGGGGUCAUGGAGAACGUAGACGAAGCAUCCGAGCAACAUGUCUUCUACUACUAUGACGGCUUGCACUGGAUUGACGACGGUGUGCCGGACAAGGAUAAGGGAAAACAGUUGUUGGUGAUGACUAUGUGCUGGGGGAUCCUGGAUCCUAAAACACAACUUGCAGAAGAGAUGAGAUAUCACAUCGAUUCCAUUCAAUCUUGA